CUGCAGUUCUGGAGUGACGGAUGUGGCUCUGUUCAAGUAAUGAUCCCCUAGAAGGGAAUAGUUUUCCUCUGAAAGUCCAGUGGUGAUGUAGAUGGGUCCGGUCUCCCGCCUCUGGGAAUUCAGUGGAGAAAAGCUGCUUUGGUGUUCUGAGUCUCCAGAGAUAAACAUGUUUAAAUGCUUGGCUCCUCCCCCUCAGUGGUGCAUCUCACAAUGGGAUGAUGUAAUUUCAUCAGUCAUGUAAUGAGACUCAGUGGCCCAUUAACAGAAGAUAUCCCUCUGGGGGGAGGAUGAGUUGUGGAAGAGAUAAAGAAAACUGCCCCACCUAGUUUCAAUAGAUAGUAACAGAAUACAUACUUUUGGUUACAUCUUGCAUUGCAACUCAAGACACUAAAAGUGGUGUAAUAUAUUACUGUCAAAAGGCAAUAACACCUGAUGGUUUUUGUCUGACACUUAUUGGGGUUAAGUAGUUUCUGAGUUGGUUUUAAAGAAAUAAGUUAGUUGCUAUUAUAAGUCAGAGAUUUUUUUGUGUCUUUUCCCAUAAGUGAGAUGUAUUAUUGCACACUUGGAGUACCCUAUGAUUAAAUUUGUGAAAGAAAACUUAAGAUUACUAGGUUUAUAGAGAAUAUGUAUUUACUUUGCUAAAAGAGUAGUCAACUGUAAUUCUUAAUAAAAUGUGUUAUUCUUCCAGCAGACCCCUGGAAGUCUGAAGGAUGGAGGUAGAGGAGAGCCAAGCGCAGUCCCUGAAUGAGAUGCCACAGCCCAGCUGUGCUAGCGGUGCCAGCUGGCAGCUCACCGACACCACCCGGCUGCAGCACUUCCUCUGCUUUGGGUCCGAGGGCAGCACUUAUCAUGUCAAGGAGCAGAAGCUGGGCUUUGAAAAUGCAGAAGCUUUGCUAAGGCUGAUUGAAGAGGGCAGAGGCUGCGAAGUUGUUGAAGAAAUAAAAGCAUUUAGUCAAGAGGGCAGAGCAGCAAAACAGGAGCCCCUGCUCUUUGCCCUUGCAGUUUGCUCACAGUGUUCUGAUGCUAAAACAAAACAAGCAGCAUUUAAAGCUGUCCCUGAGGUGUGUUGCAUACCAACCCAUCUCUUUACUUUCAUCCAGUUUAAAAAAGAUCUGAAGGAGGGCAUGAAAUGUGGCAUGUGGGGCCGUGCUUUGAGGAAAGCUGUUGCAGAUUGGUACAAUGGAAAAAAUGGCAUGGCUCUUGCUUUAGCAGUUACAAAAAAUAAGCAAAGAAGUGGUUGGUCUCAUAAAGAUCUUCUGAGAUUGUCCCACCUAAAACCUGCCAGUGAAGGAAUUGCAAUAGUCACUAAGUAUAUUACCAAGGGGUGGAAAGAUGUCGAAGAAGCUUAUAAACAGAAAGCAGUUUCUGCUGAGACUGAAAAACUCUUGAAGUAUCUGGAAGCUGUGGAGAAAGUAAAACACACAAAAGAUGAAUUGGAAAUUAUUCAUUUGAUAGAGGAAUAUGGUCUAGUUAGAGAGCAUCUCCUAACAAACCAUCUGAAAUCUAAAGAGGUCUGGAAGGCAUUACUCAAGGAGAUGCCUAUAUCUGUAUUAUUGAGAAAUUUAGGAAAGCUGGCAGCAAAUUCAGUGCUUGAACCACGAGGUUCAGAAGUGGCAAUAGGUAGAAUACAUCCCUUCCAUAUUUUGGUUGCAUUAGAAACCUAUAAAGCUGGACAUGGACACAGAGGGAAGCUUUGGUGGCGUCCUGAUGAAGACAUUUUAGAAGCCUUAGAUGCCUCAUUUUACAAAGCUUUCAAGACAUUGGAACCAACAGGAAAACGCUUUGUAAUUGCAGUUGAUGUCAGUGCAUCAAUGACACAAAAGGUCUUGGGCAGCGUGCUCAAUGCCAGCACAGUUGCAGCAGUAAUGUGUAUGGUUGUAGCACGGACUGAGAAGGAUUCCCAAAUUGUUGCCUUUUCACACGAAAUUGUCCCUUGUCCAGUGACAGCUGACAUGACCUUGCCUCAAGUUUUAGUGAAAAUGUAUGAAAUUCCAGUGGGUACCACUGAUUGUUCCCUUCCAAUGAUAUGGGCUCAAAAAACUCAGACACCUGCUGAUGUCUUCAUUGUAUUUACUGAUAAUGAGACCUUUGCUGGGAGUACUCCUCCUGCAAUGGCCCUUACAGAGUACAGAGAGAAAAUGGGUAUUCCUGCUAAGCUGGUUGUUUGUGGAAUGACCUCCCGUGGUUUUACGAUUGCGGGCACGGAUGACAGAGGCAUGUUGGAUAUCUGUGGCUUCGAUACAGGAGCUUUGGAUGUCAUUCGAAACUUCACUUUGGAUUUGAUUUAAGUUUUUCAGGCAUCUGCUCUUCCCAGUGGGUCCAUUGCUGGCAACAGACUUCACUCUGGGAACUCCCAGCCAAAUAUACUUUAUUAGCUUAUGGCAUAUUGUAUACAUAUCAGAAUGUUACAGGAGGUGGUGGCACUUCAAGUAUUUCUGACUAGAGCUUCUCACUAAGGUGUUUGUAAGGUUGAACAGAACUUCAGUCUCAUGCAAAUCUAACAUUCAGAGAAACCCAGCACUUGUAUGUCUGGUCUCAAACUGUCAGUAGUAGCCAGUGAUCCCCUGCCACUGAGGGUGGCAGCCACAUGUCACCACUGUCAUCCUGGGACCUGGCACCAUACAGCAACACAGUGCACAUUUGGAUACUCAUGGUAAUGGCUGGCAGUGCAGUCACAUCACCCUUCAGAGUCUUGCAGCACAGCUCGCAGCCCUGCUCCGUGCCCCUUCAGAAUGGCAUCUCCACUCCUCAGCCACCUUGUAUCCAGCACACUCAUUUUCCCAAGGCAGCUGGUUUCUUCCUAUACACACACUCAAAACUCCAAUUGGACUUAAUUCCCUGACCAGCCUGUGCUCUAUGUGAGGUGGAAUGCCGAAGAGUGUCAUCUCUUGUGUGAUAUCCACAGUAACUGUGCUCUGAGUCUAUGGGCCAGCAACAGCCAGUCUGGAUCUGUCCCAGGGGGUAAGCAGGACCCUCUGUUAUGAUGGGAUGAUGGCAGGACCACAGUGUACUUAACAAGCUCUUGGUCCCUGAGCUUCACCGAAGUCUUCCUGGCUAGGAACACAUGAAUUAUCCCAUCCCUGUUGUCCUCAAGCUCCACAGCACCCACUGCCUUGGCGAGAAGGGAGGCUUUGCCUGGGCCCAAGGAAGACACCAUCACAGCAAACACUUUGUGUCAGCAUGCUGGAACCUGCUCUUGCUCUUCACCAGUGCUGGAAUUAGCCCAGACCCCAGCUUGGCCACAUCCGGUUCCUCAAAGUAAGUGAAGAGGGCCACAUUAUUGUCCAGCUCCUCACAGACUUUGGAGUUCUUGUGCUACAGGUACCCCUGCUGCAGCAGCAGGCCCAGCACCUGCUGAGGACAUACUGCCUUCAUCAGCCACAGGAGCAGGGGGUUGUACUACAGGAUGUCCAGCUCCUUGUCCCCCAGGACUUCAGCAGCAGCAGUGAUCAGCAGUGCCAGAAAGCAGGUGGGUCACCUCCAGGGCCCUGAGCACCACCUCGGAGUCAAAGAGGGUGUAGGGCAAGCUGAGGAGCCCCAGAGGCCAGACUUUGGCCUUUUAGGAUUCAUUCAAGCCUGAAUGAAAAGGGGUCCAGGAAGGCUGGACGUUCUUGAAGGAUGUUAGAUUAUGCAGAAAGGUUAGAAAAGUGAUACCUGAGCUAGAAAUUAAUUUGGCCACUGCUGUAAUAGAUAACAAAAAGUGUUAUCUGUAUUUUACAAAUACAUCAGCUACAAAAGGAGGGCCUAGGGGAGGAUCUCCAUCCUUUAAAGCACAUGAGGGAAAGCAUUGCCACAAAGGGUGAGAAAAAUGCAGAUGUACAAAGAAGGCAUUCUUUGCCUCAGUCUUUAAUAGUCAGACCAGUCCUUGGGAAGACAGAGACAGGAACAAAAUGAAGUCCAUGUAAUUCAGGAGGGAACAGUGACCUACUGCUCCACUUAGAUGUUCAAAAGUCCGUGAGGUUGGAUGGAAUCCACCCAAGCCACUCUCCACAAUUUAUCAUCAAUCCUGGCUAACCAGGGAGGUCUCAAGAUGACUGGAGAUUGGCCACUGUGGCACCCAUUGAGCAGAAGGGCCAGAAUCAGGAUCCAGAAAACCACGGGCCUGUCAGCCUGACCUUGAUACCGGGGAAGGUUAUGGAACAGAUCAUCUUGAUCACACAAGCAUAUGCAGGACAGCGAGGGAUCAGACCCAGCCAGCAUGGCUUUAUGAAAGGCAGGUUCUGCCUGAUCAACCUGAUCUUCUAUGAAUGGUGACCUCCCUAGUGGAUGAGGUAAAGGCUGUGGUCUGCCUGGACUUCAGCAAGGCCUUGGACACUGUUUCUCACAGCAUUCUCCUGGAGAAGCUAGGAGCCUAUGGCUUGGACAGGUGCACUGUUUGCUGGGUGAAAAACUGGCUGGAUGGCUGGUUCCAGAGAGUGGUGGUGACUGAGUAACAUCCUGCUGCUGGCUGGUCACCAGUGGUGUUCUCCGGGGCUCACUGUUGGGGCCAGUCCUGCUGAGUACCUUUAUGGCUGAUCUGGACAACGGGAUCAAGGGCACCCUCAGUCAGUUAGCAGAUGACACCAGGUUGAGCCAAAGAGUUGAUCUGCUGGAUGGCAAGAAGGCUCUGCAGAGGGAUCUGAACAGACUGGAUCCAUGGGGCAAAUUGUGUGGGGUUCAACAAAGCCAAGUGCUGGGUCCUGCCUUUGGGUCACAACAAACCCAUGUAAUGCUUCAGGCUGAGGCAGACUGGCUGGAAAGCUGCCCAGUGGAAAAGUACCUGGGGAUGCUGGUCAGAGUGGGUGAAUAAGAGCUAGCUAUGCCCAGGUGGGCAAGAAGGCCAAAGGGCAUCCUGGCUUGGAUCAGAAGGAGUGUCAACAGGACUAGGGAAGAGAUUGUUCCUCUGUACUUGGCACUGCUGAGCCUUACCCUCAAAUCCUGUUUGCAGCCAAGCAUUGGAACAGGCUGCCCGGGGAAGUGGCAGAAUCAUCAUCACUGGAAGUGCUCCAAAACCAUGUGGAUCUCGUGGGACAUGGCUCAGUGGUGGACCUGGCAUUGUUGGGUAGAUGAUUGGACUCGAUCUUAAGAGCUCUUUUCCAACCCUCAUGAUUUUGUGAUUCGUUACCUUUUUGUAAAGGGAAAACAAGAAAAGCAGAUGAGGAAUCUCUUGUACAUUUUCUGUUGCACACAAUUUAAAAUAACAGUGAGAAGUUUGCUAAAAGUGGUUACAGGGUUACAUAGUAUAUAACUUAAUUUCAUUUAUAGUAGGUCAUAAAUACGGAGAUAUUUUUAAUUUCCCCCAUUGCUGUGGAAUGCUUAUUUGCAAGAAUAAAUUCAUUAAUUACUUUUAGCAUGGGGCUGGAAACAAAUGGGCUUAGAAUUUUUAAUAAUGCAAAUUUAAGAGCAACUUCAUUGAGAGGGACUUUUCUUUGGGCUUUUUUAAAUCUUUGUAUUUUAUUUGUUACUAAUGUUCAAUGGUUUCCAUGAUUACAGUUAAAAUCUACAAAUGAAGUUUUUUUCUGGUAUGUAUUGAGACCAUGUGACUGUGAUACAGUGUAAAAGUCACCCAGGGACAUUUUAUACUGAUAUAACUGAAAGUGCAAGACUUUAUGCUAACCUUUUUCUCUCUGGAUUAUCAUCUGGGUUUUCAGGAGGAAAUAGCUCUAGCUAAAUUGAGGGGCAGUUUCUGCACAGUACCAUUUCAGAAGCACUAGUUUAAAAUUAAAACACUUUCCAGGAAAUUCUAAAAACUGUUUUUAGUAGAAAAGGACCUUGGAAAUGACUAGGAUGUCACAUUCAGUCCUUGUCACGACUUCAAGAAGCAUUAGCACACCUUCAGUGAGCAAGAUCAACAAGUGCAUGUUUGUCUUGGCCUGCUCACCAAAGCUGAGUGGGAAUACCAGAAACAAAAAGUUACAUUUUUUUUCCAAAAGUAUGUAUACAAUGACGCAGAAACAAAUCUUCCUAACAGGAGAGUAUUUAAUUUUUUUAAAUCUUUUCGUAGAUUAGUGUUACUUCUGUUUUCAUAAAUUAAUUCAAUAUAACAUAUUUCAAAACUACCUCCAGUUUAUAGUGACCAAUUCUUAAAAACUUUAAUGAACUGUACAGUUGUCUCCUUCAUAUUCACAAAAUCUUGUUUAGGAAGUGAUUGAAACUGGAUUCUUUAUUUUUAAUUUUUUAUUUUUAGUCUGAUAGUAAGAGUGUGACAAGAAGACAGUGAAUAUUCUACUACUUUGGAACAGAAAUUGAUAGCAAUUUGUGUGUAUAUGUAUUUAAUUGUGUGUUUUCUAUAUGUGUGUAUGGGGGGAAGUUAAAAGAUCUCUUUAGUAGAUCAGUCUUAAAAGAUUUAAAAGGUUUUUAGUGAUGCUUUUAGGAUUUCCUCUAAAACAUAUGUAUUUCAGCCUCUUUUAUGCUGACUGUUUUAAACAGUGAAUUUGAUGGUAAUUUGAAAAUAAUUAUGAUUUAUAAAAAUAUCAUGUUUACCCAUAAUGGUAAAUUACAUGUAAGACCAUAUUUUUCUGCAUAAAACCCAGGCUUUUAAAUGUAAAAUUGAAGUUCCUACUAUACUUUUGGUACGUGUAACACUUUUCAUUAUGCCUCAUUCCUAUUGAUUAUAAAUUCAAAGCUUGCAUUCUGUAGCCAGGAUAUCUCUUUUGGUGCUAAAAUAGGAUGUUACAUGUUAAUGAGGGUAUUCUGCUACUUACUCUCUCCCUUAAUGCAUAAUCAAUCCAGUGAGGGAAGCCUUUCCUGAUAUAAAAUAGGGCUUAAAGAACUGCUGGGUAGAGUGUUGCCUUUCAGCCAACAUGCGUGUAAGUCACUACUGAAUUAUCACUACUCUCACAAAACAGCUCUGACAGAAUGCUUGGAGAACAUAGGACUGCUACCAGCUCCUCAGGUGAGUUCUAGAACAAACCAAGUGCUCCUGCAAAAGCUAAGACAUAGCACUUUUGGGUUUGUAAAAAGAAAAUCAGCCAUUUCUCACGAAAAAUUGUGUAUAAUUUUUAGCGUCUAAUCAAAACACCAUGAAUAUGGGGAGUAAACUAAUUUGCUCAAUACAUGUUAAUAAUUAUUUCAAGUAAAGGCACUGAUGUUUUGGGGUUGGGUUUGGUAGUAAUGCAUUUUAAAUGAUGCAGAAGUCAAACAUCUGAUUAGGUGUUCUAAGCUAAUGUCAAAAAUAACUGAUUGAUGAGUAUCUUUUGCAAGUACUUUUUCUUAUUUGGAGUAGUAUUUGUGAAGUAAUAGGAAAUAUUUUGGACUAAAUAUAAAAUGAAAACUUAAAACCGGUGUUUCAAGUAACUUUCAAGUAAAUUUAUUGCAUAUAAAAAUUAAGAAUAGUUACUAACAGAUUGAGUGUAUGGUUACAGUGGUGUUGCAUCUUUGGAAGCACUCCAGAAUGCAAUUCCUUUAAAUUGAGUGUGGAAUUAAGGAUGAACUUUUCAGUAGGACUGAUAGAAAUUGUAGGUCCCUGUAUCUGUUGGCACUGGGAUAGCUGUGACCAAUGCUUAAGAGUUAGUCAUCCCUGCUGGGGUACAGAAUAUGCUCCUAAACAUUUAUGGCAUUUCUGGACUAAAAACCUUGUCAGUGGUUUAUGUGAUGUAAAACCAGCACUUACAAGGCCACGUUGCCAUCUGCUCCUCUUACACAGAGAGGGGAAACUGAAGUUGAUGCUGACAGCUGUAAUGUUAAAAUAUGUGGACCUUUGUUUCUGGGGGUCUGUUUUUGGUUUUGUUAUUCUCUUUUAGUAAGGGGCAUUGAAGAAUGAUGCUGCAUAUUCCUUCUCCAUAGACUGGAUCUUUUUUAUCCGCCCAUACACUGAAUUUUAGGAGACAGCAUGACUCAUUUGCCAUAACAUGCAUUUGUCCUCUUUCUAGUCCUUAGUUACUAAACUGGUAAUUUCCAAAAUCACAUCUAGACUUGUAAAGAGGCAAUAAUAACUGUAAUGCUUCAAAAAUAAUUUAAAAAGCGAGCUAAGACAAAAUUGCUAAGCUUAAGCUUUACCCCUUAACAAUUCUGGAGCAUUAGACUAUGGUGUUGAAGACUGUAAUGUUCAGGCACUUUGUCUUUAAAGAAGAAGAAAAGCAUGUUGUGCCUGGAAGCACAGCAGAAAUGAAACAUUCUUCUGUAAGGAAUGAACAUCAGAGGUCAGGUUUUUUCAUGGAAGGGACACAGUCAACGAUGUGGAGAGGGCAGGAGACUCAAGUUUUUUAAAAUAAUGCAGUGAGCACAUCAUCACUGUGUAAUAAAUUCAAUAAUGACAUUAUUAAUUUUGCCAAGAAAUAGAAUUUCAUGUCUGGAAUUUUAGACCUGGAUCAAGGACUAGGAGAUUUUAGGAGUUUGUAGUGUUAGAUUGCAGUCCUCUGUGUUUCAAAAAAGAAGUCUAAGGGUAGGUGUAGUUCUGAGGUCAUCAGGGCCAGUCUAAAUGCCCACUGUGUGAGGGCUGCUAAUAACUGGCACUAAAAUACCUUCCUGCUUUAACACCACUCUUAAACCUGUUCAUAAGUCUUAAGGGGGUUUAUGUUGUUCUUUUACAUUGCUGUUGUUAACUGGUGCCCAUAAAUGGGUAUGGCUUUAAAAGGCUGUUCAACAGUUCUUGGCUUAAAAACACACCAGCAGUUUGGGAAAUGUGUUUUAAUAAUGUUGCUGUAGUGUAAAAACACUAUUAAACUAUUUGUCUGCAUUUCAAAUACUGCUUAACCCUGUCCCAAUCUCACAGGCACCAUAACAGAAGCUUUAGUUUUGGUUCCAUUUGUUUCUUCUUCUUUUGCUGUACCCUUUUCUCUGUUAGUGUUGGGGUUUUUUCUCCUUUUCCAUCUUGUCACCUCAGGCCUAUACUUGAAUCUUUUUUCACAAGCUCUCAUCCAUUCCUUUUUUAGUUUUUGCCUCUGUUCUUAUGUCUUCUUGCUAUCUUGCUUGUCUUGCUGUCACUGAGUAUAGUUCCCUGCACCAGAACUGAUGGCACAGUAUUUACCAUUUUAAGUGAUUAAUAUUUUUUUCUGUUCUUUAAUUAUAUAAAUCUCUUACAAAACAUCUGAUUUGCUGUAUCUGACAGAUUUUUGUCAAAACUCUGUGUAAAAAUCAGUGACAAAAGUAUACUUUAUUACAAAAAAUCCAACAUCUGCCUGUGAAUGGCUUUAUAUGAAAACAGUAGCCUCUUAAAAUUCACUUUUCAAAUUGGCUUUCCAAAUGUAAAGUUUUUUUCUAGAAUUAGUUCAGUGAUUUCAAAAUUUUCAUUCUUUUAAACAGUAUCAAGCUGCUGUCAUGCAGAAUUAGGAAAACAUUUAAAUUAAUAUUCUGGACAAACAGGCAGCUUCUCUGCAGUAUUGACAAGAUAAAGUCUUCAAAGAAUAGACUAUAGAAGUAAACCUAAGUAAAGAAUCAUUUGUCUUCUGGUUUUAAUCCUUUCCUUCAGUUUCUGUGAAAUCCCACCAUUUUCUAGGUUUAUUUCGCUGUCUGCAGUGGUUUGGAGUGCUUAGAUAUGCUGUAAGCAGCUGUUCUAAUGACUUUCUUGCUGGAAUGGCAGAGAUUUCAUCUUACCAUGACACAAUGGAGUGUACAAAUGGCUGAGCUAGAGUUCUGGGGAAAAGGUAAAACACUGACCAGGACACUGUUUUAUGGAUAUGCUGCUCUGAGGGAAAUCAUAAAAGAUUAGCUAAUUUCAGCAGAAGGUAUGGUGUCUUUAAAUAUGUGUGCUUGCAUAUCUGGAUUUAUGAUUUUGAUACUGUAAAUCAUGGCUUCUUUAGGUAUUUCUAUAUUCUGAAUUUAAGUUUAAAUAUAUAUAUAUAUAUAUGUGCAUAUAUAUAUAUAUAUGGUAUGAUGAGAACUUUAACAAAUACUUCAUUAACAAAUAGUGAAUAUGAAUUGUUGUUUACCUAAUGUUACCAACUUGAGACUUAAGCACAACUAGUUACAAAUAAAAUGUCUUUUCAUUUUCCUGUAAAAGUGUAGUUCUACUUUUAAAAAUAAUUCUGUAUUUAAAAAGCAACACAUGGGCACAUUCACAGCUCUGUGUGCUUCAUUAAAUAACUCAGUGUUUGUUUUCAGCUUCUGCUUCUUAGAAGCGUGGGAUUUAAGAUGGAUGAGCAGGUAUCCAGAUUUUCUAGUGGAUAUAUUUUAAUAUUUAGAUCCCAGGACAAGCAUAUUUUAAGAUAAACAGCUUUUUCCUGGAGACAAUGCUGGGGGGAAGAAAAAAGGAAAUUUUUAAUUACUAUUCUUGAGGUUCUUCAUUUUGGUUGAUUUUUUUUUUUUUUCCCCUAAAGUAGUACCACACUUUAACUGCCAUAUCAUGUUUAAUUAACUUAAGCAUAACAUGGCUUUGUACCAUCCAGUAACAAAGGCACUGUCUUGCUGCUACUUUCUGUGAAAUUGUACACAGUGAUGGGGAGCCUUAAUGUGGUUAAAAAGAAAUAAAAUUAACCCUUUGGGUGCCUUAAGCUAGACACUAUUUAAUGAUGGGGCACUCGCAUCUGCAGGCAUACUGCUUGUUUCAACAGCUGCAAGAGAAUUUGCCUUAAGUGACAAUGCCCUGGGAUGUCCAGAACUUGGAACUCAGAGGGUUAUUUCAGACUACUGGCUAAAUAAACAAGCCUCUAAACAGGGAACAAAAUGAAAAGGUGUUUGAAAAAUUCCUUUGCAUACUACUGUUACUAUUUUUACAUGAUGGGUUUAUCAGCUUUGGGGACAAAAUUAUUGUUAAGCUUCUGGUAAAAACAUCACUGGCUGAAGAAUUCUACACAGAGAAAAAGGAUACUUGCUAUUCUUAUAUGACUGUAUGUGCAAAAUAAAUUGCUUUAUUAAGUGUAAAUUCAGAGAGAGAUGCACAUUUGUAUGUUUACCUUGAUGACUGUGUCUUAGCACCAUACAGUAACCUGCAAUACUUAAAAUGAAACAAGGUCAGUGCGUUGAAUUAGCUGAUUACAUAUUAAAGAUGUACCAUGCAGACAACUGCAUACUAAAGACUUUCUACAAAUGAUGCAGUUUACAUUUAGUUCAAACCUGCAUCACAAAAACAAAGCUGUCGAGUUUAAAUUAUACUCUUUUUGUCCUAGUUAGCUGAAAUUAAAGAUUGAUGUUUUUUUCCCUUGAGGGGGAAAAAGUAGUUUAGGUACAUGGAAUACUGAAAGCAAUGGAAAUAAUAGGAGUCUUAAUUCACAAAAAGUGAGUAAAAAAUUGACUAAUGUUUUUAUUCCAAUAUGUGAACCUUUAGUUGUGUAAUGGUCCCUUUAACUGAAGGAUGGAAUAUAAUUUUCUACUUGCAUAUGAAUUUCUUUAAAAUAACCAAGAGUCUUGGCAUUACCUGGUCUGGCUUUGGAUGUACACUGUACAGAAAAUAUGGAAUUUUAGUAAUUUCUUUUAGACAUAUAACUGAAAGUUAAAAUGGCUAGUAAACUGCAUUCUGACUGUAGAAUUUAAGUACUAAAUAAACUCUAUGCAUAUUAGACCCAC